UGUCGUUAUUCGGCAGCUGGUGUGUUUUCGGCAGCAUGAGUACAUGUGAGAAGUGAAUUCACUGUCUGUCACCAUCCGUAUAUUUAUUCUUUAAUCUUGAUGCAGCGAUCAUUUGCUCUUUAUAAUGCACCAAAGACAUCUGCCAGCCUCUCCAAACUGGUACUGUUCACGCUGCAGUGACAUAAAUGGAAAGGGAGUACUGGGUUUUGGAGCAAAGAAUACAAUUUAUCUGCUAAAUGUGACCGCAGCAUCUCCAGCAAUCACAGGUGAACUCAGUGGACACACUGAAAGAGUUUCUGGUUUUGCAUUUUGCUCCCAUGAUGGUCAAGAACACAUUUGUGCCAGCACUUCAGACGACAAGACAGUCAAAAUCUGGGAUUCUGAGCAGAAAAUUCUGCUGAAAGAGCACAAUGUCCACCAAAGCACCAUCUCUGCAGUCCACUGGUCUCCGGUGCAGAAACUUCUGCUGGUCACAGGAGAUGAGAAGGGCAUCGUGGUGUGCUAUUGGUUCAGCAGUAAUGACACCCAGAGCUUCUUCCCUGAACCCCGAACAAUCUUCUGCUUAUCCUGCUCUCCACAUGAGGAAAACUACAUCGCAGUGGGGUAUAAGGAUGGAAUGAUAGUAGUAAUAGACAUCAGUAAGAAAGGGGAGGUGAUCCAUCGGCUGAGGGGGCAUGAUGAUGAGAUUCACGCGUUGGCAUGGUGCCCUCGACCCAGAGAAGAGCCUCUGUACGGACGAUCAGAAGACAAUGCAGAUGGAGGCAGUGGGGCGACAGAGGGAGCAGAAGAGGGGUGUUACCUGGCCUCGGGUAGUCGUGAUCAGACCGUGCGGAUAUGGAGCACAGCCAGAGGCAAAGGUGUAAUGACCCUGAAACUUCCCUUCCUGAAAAGACGAGGAGUGGGAGUUGAUCCAGCAUUGAAGGAAAGACUUUGGCUGACAGUCCACUGGCCUAAAAGAAGACCUUCACAGAUUGUGUCCAGCUGUUUCGGCGGUGAGAUGGUAAUGUGGGAUCUCAUGAAGUCAGGCAAGCAGAAGUGGAGUCUGUUGGGCAGUUCCCCAGAUGGACAGAAUCACAGCCGUAUCGUCUUCAACAUGAGCUCGUUUUGCUCAGGGGACAGAGAACUUCUGCUCAGCACCUCAAUGGACAGAGAGAUUAAGUGUUGGGACCUGGCAUCUCUGGAGUGCUGUUGGACUCUGCCCACUCUGGGUGGGUUUGUGUACUGUCUCAGCUUCUCUCCGGUGGGCACCGGCUGUCUGGCUCUAGGGGUCGGAGACAGCAUGAUCCGAGUGUGGAACACCCUGUCUAUGCAGAACCAAUAUGACAUCAAGACAUUCUGGCAAGGGAUCAAAUCUAAAGUCACAGCUUUGGCAUGGCAUCCACUGAAAGAGGGCUCUCUGGCGUUUGGUACUGAUGAUGGUAAAGUGGGCGUAUAUGAAGUUUACUCUAACAAACCUCCUCAAAUCUCAAGCACUUACCACCGCAGAACCGUCUACUCCUUAUCAUGGGGCCCUCCUGUGCCGCCCAUGUCUUUUGUGUAUGUGCGUGGCUCAGGGGGAUCAGGAGACAAGCCGUCCUACAGCUUAUACAGCUGUGCCGGAGAGGGUGUCAUCUUCCAGCACGACCCCUGGAAACUCUCAGGAGAGGCCAGUAACAUUGACAAACUCAUCCGAGACACCAACAGCAUCAAACACAAGAUCCCCCCACACACAGACCUCAGCUGGAAGCCGGAUGGCAGCAUUUUGGCCAUUGGAAAUGAAGAUGGGUCCAUAGAGGUGUUGAAGGCUCCCAUGCUGAAGCUCUUGUGCACAGUGCAGCAACAUCAUAAGAUCAUAAAUUCACUGUGCUGGCACCAUGAACACUCAUCUCAGAAUGAGCUGCAGUAUCUUCUGGCGUCCGGCUCCAGUAAUGCCACAGUCUAUGUCCAUGACCUCAGGAGCGCAAUAGAAACCCCAUCAGAGAGUCCAGUGCUGGUGACUGAACCUUUCAGAACUCUUUCUGGUCACACCAACAAAAUCACCGGCCUAGCCUGGAGUCCCCAUCACGAUGGGCGUCUGGUGACAGCGUGUUAUGACGGAACCUCUCAGGUGUGGGAUGUGCUGAAAGAGCAGCCGGUGUGUAACUACAGGGGUCACUCAGGCCGACUGCUGUGCGUGCAGUGGUCCGCUGUUCACCCAGAUCUGGUCUGGACCGGUGGAGAUGACUUCACCCUCCAAGAAUGGGCCGUAUCUAAGCAGGAACACAUCACACCUCCCAAGAGUAAAAAACGUGUUGAGAUAGAAAAAAAGAGAGGACCACAGAAAAAGUCCAAGAAGAAAAAGAAGGCACCAGGAAAAGGAGGGAUGAAGCCAGAAGAAAGUGAAUUGCCUUUAGGUGAAGAAAUGAAAGGAGCAGCAGGCAGCGGAGCAGAAGAAGGCCAAUCAGACAAUGACGAGGAGGAAGAGAAGGAGAACGCAGACGGUCCAUCCGUCACGGGCUGGUCCAGAGAGAGCAGUGUGGACACACGUGGCACGGAGACGGUUCAGAAUGGAGAAAAGUUCAUCCAUGCAGUUAAAAGGGAGGUCAAAGAGGAAAAGAAAAGAGAGAAAUCAGAUCUGUCUUUAAAAAAGAGAAAGCCUCGGUCCAUUCUCCCGCUCAGUACUUCUAUGGAUCACCGACCCAAAGAGGAACUUCAACAGGACUGUCUUACACUUGCUGCUGUGAGACACUCACAUGGGCAAAGCAGAGCUUGUGUUCCAGGAUCUGGAGAUCAUAUUCAGCUCGGCCUGUUCACAGACAGGGAUGCCCUCUACAGGAUGUUUCAGGAGGAAGAGGAGAGCCAUUUGGAGGCUGGUCAUUAUGACUCAAUGGUGUAUCUGAGGCUGUGGAAAGGAGACUUGAUUGGAGCAAUAAAUCUCGCUGUGGAGAAAGGAGAACUGACUGACCAUCUCCUCAGUUUAGCUCCAAUGGCGGGCUACCAGGUGUGGGCCAGGACUGUAGAGGCGUAUGUGAAGCAGCUCUGCCACCACGAGCAGUUCCUCAAAGCAGCGUCACAUCUCCUCUCCAUCCAUAAACUCUAUGAGGCCAUCAACCUUCUGAAGAGCCACCAGCUCUACCGUGAGGCCAUCGCUUUAGCAAGAGCCAGACUCCAGCCAGAGGACCCUGUGCUGAAAGAUCUCUACAUGAGCUGGGCUUCAGUGCUGGAGAAGGAUGGCCAUCAUGCUACGACAGCAAAAUGUUACCUCGCCGCAGACUCGAGCUUUGAUGCAGCUAAAAUUGUUGCCAAGAAAGGGGAUGUGAUGUCACUGAAGACAGCGGCUAAUCUGGCAUGGAUAUCAGGAGAAAGUGAGCUCGCACAUUCUCUCUCUCUGAGGUGUGCCAAAGACUUGAUGCUUUCCCAGGACUGGGCUGCAGCACAGGAAGUCCUGAGGACACAAGACUCGCUUUUGGGUCACAGACUGAUGUUCUGUGUUAAUGAGAUCCUCACUCAUAGACUGGCAGAUACAGAUGUGGUCACCUGGACUGUGGCUUCUUCGCACACCUGGUCUAAGUCCUGUGAGGAGAACUUCCUCUCCACGGUGCACAGAGUGUGGCAGAGCGAGUUUGGGGUGGCGGCUGCUGACCUGGUCAAAGUGAAAAUGCUUCAUCAACAGCUGAGAGCCAUUGAGAAUCCUCCUGCCACCAUUAGUGUUCCCAUGAAGCAACUCUUAUCUCACAUCUCAUUGGAUGUGACAUUGUGUGCUUUGAGUCAGCUGUUGUGUGAUUGGCCAUCUACUCUAGAGGAGCUACUGCAAGGUCUGACUCGAGGUUCAGAAGCAGGACACUUCACGCUAAUGACGGAGAUGUGCCAGCUGCUUUUACCACAAGGUUUGGAGUCGGUGGCACUUUACAAACAGAAACUAGACGCAAGUGAUGAGAGAAGCGUGGCGAUUUCUCAAAGUGUGGAGGCUUUUGUCUGUUAUCAGCUCAUGUAUAAGAAAUGGUGGAACUACAGUGAUAAAACGUCAGCUUUGACCAAUAACACCAUCAGCAACGGUCACCAUUUAACAGAGAACAACCACAAUGAAGAUGAAGCAGAAUGUAAAGGAGAAGCUCAAUCUGAUGGUACUUUCUCUGAGGGCUUCUGGAAGGUUCUUCUCUCUGAACCUCAUGCCAAUCUUCAGGCCACCCAGAGAGCCAUAGCAGAGAUUCAGAGGAGAGUGACGAGCCUGAUUCAGCAGCACAGCCAGUGUAAAGAGACUCAUGUGAGCCCGGAAGCUCUUAAUACUUCUCAAUCUAAAACUUCAGAGGAACCUGGAGGAUCUACUAGUGGAAACAGCAGUGAAUCUCUCGCUACACUGACUGCCCAGGUUGCUGAACACCAUAAAGUGCUCACUGCCAUUCCUGAGCUCAUCAGAAAAUACCCAUUUCCGGACGUCAUGGAAUGUUGUAUUGUCUUUCUGCACAUGGAAAAACACUUUACUCUGUUUCCACAGCACAUCUGUGCCGAAGCCACAACUUUGUUGCACAAAUACGGAACUACAGAAUCGCUCUGUAAAGCCUGGCAGAGACUGACACACUAACACCUAAUGUCCAAAUAGCACUUAGUGUUUUUGAUAUGCAAUUACUGUUGUUUGAUAUGUAAAAUUCACUUGACUAAUGCCUGUAAUAAAAAAAACCCC